AUGCAAUUAUAUGAAAUGUUACCUGAUUCAUUAUUAAAUCGCACACAAAUAUGUCAAAUUAAUUGUACACAAAAUCAAACUAUGUUGGAGAAUUUUGUGAAAAUUUCUGGAUGUAUAAAAGAUCAUUUUAAAAUAUGUGAAGCGUAUUUAAGUAUGGAUUUUAAUACACAAUUAGUAUCAUAUAGUUUUACAACUGCUGAUGCAAUUGACAAUGUUAAUGAAAAUUUCUCAUUAAUACGAGCUGAUUUAGUUAGAAAUUAUUUAUCAUAUAUCAAAACUGAUAUAACAGCAAUACGAUUUCGACAAUUAAAAAUGAAGUUUUCAAAAACAAAUCCUCAUCGACUUAAUAUUAAUUAUUUUUGUCGAACACAAAUUGAUGACUGUGCUUAUCAAGGUAAAUUUUCUCCAUUAAAACUAUUGAUAGUUAUUUAUUAUUUAGAAAUCGAAACAAUCUAUCCAGUAUAUAUAGCAAAUCAACAUAUGUUAAAACGUAUUCAACCAAUAUUUUAUGAUCCAUCAAUAUCUUAUGGUGCAAAAAUCGAAUGUAUGAAUGAUAUAUCAAAUGAAACGACAAGUUUAUGUUCAGGUUAUUGUACAUUGACAUUAGGUUUACACACAAUGACUAAAAGUUGCAAUAAAACAUUGUCAUCAGAUGCAUUAGGUAUCAAUAUGUCAUUAGGUUUAGCUUAUCCUAAUAAUCCAAAAUUUACUGCUCAAGUAUCCAGUCUUGUACUUGUAUGUAAUAAACCAAAUUGUAAUAGUAAUGCAUCAAUAACAAAAGUUAUAGCUAUUGCUAAUGCUUUUCUUACAGCUCAAUCGAUUGGAAUACGAAUAAUAGGCAUCCAUCGAUGUUUCUUAUUAUUGUAUGGUGUUGUGUCCUUUUUUUGGAUUACUAAAGUUAUAAUAAAAUAA